CGCACAGUCACUAGUCACCGCUUCAACGUUUCAACAUCUGAACACCUGAAACCUUUCAGCUGGCUCACAGCUAGUUGCUUUCAUCAGGAAAAUGCAAAUUCCUGUAGGCAGCUGUUUCUAAAGGGACGCGAGUUUUGUGCGAUUGCAAGGAACCAAAACAUCGAAGAGUCGGGGACACGAUUUUCGGUCGCACAUCACUGCCACAUCUACAACUAGUUGCUGAUGCCAGCAGAUGAGUGACUGUAAUCAAUUGCUGUCCUGCAGAUAAGUUUCUCCAAUUACUAUACCUAAGUACAGUUGUGACAUACAGCAAAACCUCUCAUCCGACCUCCAACCUACUAGAUUCGGAAUGCGUUUACCGUCUCAUAUACAACUUCCCUUCCUUACCUUGCAGAUUUUGCUUGCCCUCGACCCAUCGCCUCCAUGGAACUUAUUCGGUGCCUUCGCCAUCGCAUUGAUCUGCUCGCUCAUCAUCAGCCCGAGUGUGUUUGUGAGAUCGAACAUUGACACUGGCGUCGGCUACGUAGACUACCUGCUAGGAUCAGUCGUCGCGAGCUGUGCUGUGCUCGGUUUCUAUGCGCUCUUACUGGGGAGGCCAUUGAAGAAUUUCAAGUCUAUAGAGAAUGGGAACGAAAAAGUGCACAAAUAUUGGUGGAAAAGGAUCUUCCACGUUGCGUAUGUCUUUCAGUCCCCGCGGGGGGUUGGAUGGAACUAUCAGGUGAACAAUAUUCCUGCUGCUCCACGACAACCUAGACACUUGUUCAUCCUCACCUCCUCCCUGCGUGCUGCCUGCUACGCAGUCUUGUUUGAAGUCGCGCGGCUGUAUGUUUGGUACAACCCUGCAUGUGCAUCGGUUACGGUCGAGACGCGAAGCUAUGUUGCGCGGUGUGCUGACACCAUUGCAUUCAUCGGGCUGACAUACUGGGGCUUGAACGCUAUCUACUUCGCAAUGGCAGCGGGGAGUGUUGCGCUUGGACUGUACGAGCCGAGAAUGUGGCCUGACUUGUUUGGGUCUUGGCGAGAUGCGUAUACCGUUCGACGAGCUUGGGGGAGGACAUGGCAUCAGACCUUGAAAUGGUUCCUCGCCCCUCUUGGUAAAGCGACAUCAUCUGUCCUUGGGUUCAACCGCGGUACAUCAGGGGCAUUGUACGCACAGGUUUACGUUGCGUUCUUAUUAUCGGGCCUCGUACACACAGGAGGGGAUAUCGUGCUCUCUGGAUCUUCCACCUCUGCUGUAUCACGGCCGUUGUUCUCGAUGCCAUUCUUUUUCUCGCAAGCAGUCGUUAUUACCCUUGAAGACGUGUUAAUCCGGAUCGCAAGACGACUGGGAGUCAAGGAUAGCGUGUGGACGAGAGCCUUGGGGUUUUUCUGGGUCGCGGUAUGGUUCGGGUGGUGUGUACCCGGAUUUGUCGAGAAUAUGAUCAGGGCGGGUGGGGGGAUAAGGAAGUCUGCCAGCGGAUUGGGUGGGAAUGAUAUGGGCCUCAAUUUGGUGCAAGCCGCGAUGGUUAGAUUGUUUGGGUUUGAUAUUGGGGAGUUUGCAGAAUCAUGGUUCGGGGUAUGACUGAAGUGAUGACAGGGUUCGUGACAUAACCUUGUUGAACGCUUGCCUUUCUGAACGGAUGAACUGAUGAACAACUGAACGUCCGUAAUGGUUUUACUAGCACUUAAGGGCGAAUGUGUAACUGGAUAAAACAGUACUGAUUCCGGCUCACAGCAGAUACUUAUUGUGCCUGGGCCUCGUCACAAGUUACUGGCUCGAUUAUACCUGAUUGUGAUCCACCACUAGAUCAUUUGCCAAACCCCCGCAACAAUGUGAGUCUGUUCAAUACUAUAUAUGCCAUACAAGGUUAUAUACAUAGGGCUCAAGUACGUACGCUGUCUGUGGCACAGAUACAACCGCGGU